AAAAGAAGAAGAAGAACGAUAUAUUAAAAAAAUAACACAAAUAAAAACAAGAAAUUUGUAUGGGAUCACCGACGCAAAAGGUUGAAAAAUAAAAAUUGAGAGGAUAACAAUAAAUUAUUUAAUGGAUACACAGGAGCCUGCAGAAGUACCGAAUACGAGUGGGGCUGCAAGAGCCUUGCCAACGGAGGAGUCGCCCAUUGUUGUAGAAAUAACUAAUCCAAAUGAAAAUAUCGAACCUGUAUCGCCUACUGAGAGUAGAAAUAACAGCGUGUCCUUUAUACCAAAAGUUAAUGCAGAUGGAAGGGUUGCUAGAGAUUCGCCCAGCACUGAAACAAACUCAGCUGAUCAGGUCAGUGCAACAACGUCCAGAGUCGAGAAUGUAGCAGAGGGUAUUAGCAUUCAAGAAAAUGCAUCAGAGAUGGAGCAAGCAAUAGCAGAAAUUCCAGAUACAUUGGCUGUUGCUGUAAUGUCUGAUCCGGUCGAUUUAGUGGAAAAUGAAAUUGAGUCACAAGCAAUAGACAACCGGGAGGUGGAACAUUCCACAUCAACUGCAAACAAUAUGGAUAUUGAAAAUGAGUAUGCACAAAUGAAUGAAACUGAUAACGAAUCGCACGACGAAUCACAGGAUAUAUUUGACGACGAAGACAUUGAAGUACAUCUUGAACGUGCUGCAGCCGUCGCAGGUUUUGAUCCUUCUCCUCUAAUAGAGCCACUUUUAGUUGACGACGAUAUGGGUGAAGAGAGAGGUGAAGGUGAUGGUGCAGAGCAACAAGGAAUAGUGGAAGACGAUGUGGACGAUGAUUUCAUUUUGGAAGAUAUAUCUGAUGAUGCUUCAACAUCCUCAGAACCCGCUUUUAAUGACGACCAGAUGCGGGCUGCAUUCAGGGAGAUGCUAGUUCAGAAUAGACGUGGUGGUGAGAACUUUAUGCAACGUUUAAGAAGCGCUUUCUUUACAAUGGAACAUAAUAGAGAACGCCGACGUGUUGGGUCGGAAAACAAUGAAGAGGAAAUUGAAGAACCGGAACCCGAAAACCCAGUAAGCUUCGACACUAAUCUGCCAGCUGAGCAUUCUUAUUUAGGUGAAAAUAUGGACCGCGUGUCUGGCGUACAUUAUUUGACGGUGGGUCAGCAAUACAACAUGAUGCUUUUUAUGCAUCAACACAUAUUAUUUCCCGGCGAAGUGCUGCCAUUUAUGAUCUCGGGCUCAAUUAUUGAAUCGGAUAUGAAUGUACGAAAUGGUUUCCUUUUCGGAGUUUGCUUCCCAACGCUUUGCAGUGUCGAAGAUGCCGAUGACAACUUUUAUGGUGUAACAUGUCAAAUUUACGAAAAGGGCACAGAUGAGCGUGGCAAUACUUUGAUCAAAUCUCGGGCCCUGCAACGCUUUGUCACUAAAGGCAGUCAAGUAACAGGACCACUUUCCUUCAUAGCCGCCCAUCCGCAACUCAAAGUUUAUGGUAACGUGAGAAUUCUGCCCGAAAUAUAUCUGCGUGAACCACUUAAAUGCAUUGACAUGGGUUCACUCAACCGUUUCCGGGAUAUAGACUCUAUGCGUGAAACUUAUAAACGUUAUCAAGCUGCUACAACUCAUUGGCCUGCCCAUGUUUAUGAAUACUAUAGUAUUACAUCAAUUGUGGAAAAGGCGCGUUCACAAUUGGCGCAGCAUAAAAUCGAAACUAUGCCGACAGAUCCCACACAGUUGUCAUUUUGGCUAGUACGGAACCUGCAUCUCUCUGAUAGUCUCAUGAAGACCAUAUUUCUGACCGAUUCAGUCAAUAUGCGUAUGAAACUUAUAUCGAAUACAUUUACAGAUGAUUCCGUAUUUACUUGCCGUUAUUGUAACAACCGCAUUGCAAAUUGCCAGCAACUUUUCGCUAUGUCCAAGCACGGUGUGCAAACGCAGUAUUGCAAUUCGGCUGGCUAUAUACAUGAAACUAAUACAGUUUAUCAACUAUUACCAGACGCAAUCACCUAUAGCGGCCAGCCAUCUGCAGAAUUCAGCUGGUUUCCUGGCUAUGAAUGGCACAUUAUUGUUUGCAAAAUUUGCUCACGACACAUUGGAUGGAAAUUUAAGGCGCUCGAACCGAAUUUGGUACCAAAAUCAUUCUUUGGCAUAUCUAGCUCCAGUGUACGUGUUAGUUCAUCGGGAUCGCAGGGAAAUACUGGUUCGCGUAUAGCAGUUUUUCAAAGCUUGAUGCGGUUGGUGCGAAGUGAAAUGCAAUGAAUUUGGGGUGUGGUGAAACGUUUUUGUUGCUGUAGUCACUGUUGUUGCACUAGGAUGGUUAAUCGUGCUCAGCUACCACAAGCAAAUGAACUAAAUGUCUUAGAUUUAGUAUAACAUGAUACAGUUAUUACCGGUAAAUACAUGCAAUAUCGGCUUGUAUUUCCGUUGCCAGAACGUUUCACCUUGUAUUGGAAUGUGUGCGUAAGAACAAGAGUAUGUCCAAAUUUUUUCAAUCAGCAACAAAUUUUUUUAUUUCCGCAUUUAAGAAUCUGCUGUUUUGCAUACACAUUCAUGUCUUUGAAAAAAGAACGAUAUGUUAGACAUUAUUAUUAUUUUCACUUCAUUUAAUCUAAGAUUUCUCCGUUACAUAAAUAAUUAUUUUAUUUGCAUCAAUCUAUUUAUAUAUUACAUAAUUAUUCUGAAACAACAUUGAGAAAACGCCAUUUAUGGUUUGAUUAUCUUACCCUAAAAUGUAUACUAAAAAAUUUGUUGAAUUGAUGUGCUAACACAUAAGCAAACUUUUGUUUAUGUGGUACGGAAUUGCAUACACAGAAAAAUAUUAACUCAUAGUCUAUUAUUAAGUAUUUUCGAAAUCGACUAAAAAUUAAUUUAACAAUAACUCAGAAAAGGAUGUUGAAAGUUUCUGU